UUGAAAACCGGAAGUUUAUUUGCACGUCUGGGGAAAAGUCGCAAAAUAAGUGUUUGUGCCUUUCACAGGGAAAACACUGACUUUCUUGGUAUGGGAUGCAGUUUUUGAAGCUGAUGAUUUAGGUUCAAUACAAUUGACGUGAUGGGAAACGUGACAACAUCAGACCUACCUGCAGACAAACAGCAAGGGGUCAGGACAAUACUGGACUUGAGCAGGAAGCUAAACUAUCAUCAAUAUGUGAAGCAUGUGAAUAAUGAAGAUCUGAACUCAGGCAGUUUGACAGCUCUCCCAUGGACACUUCUCAGCUCUGUGUUGCUCCACGAGGCUCUGGAUGCUUCCUUUAACUCUAUCCCAGAGAUACCCAAGGACCUCCCCCUCCACCUGCCCCAUCUAACCUACAUCAACCUACAGUACAACUGUCUCAUAACUCUUCCUGACAGUAUUUCCCUGUUCUUCCACCUGAGAACCCUGUUGCUGAGUCAUAACCAGCUCCAGACCUUACCUGCAUCCCUCAUCCAUUUGUCCAAGCUGCAGAAACUGGACCUCUCCAAUAACUGUCUCACAGAACUACCAGAGGACAUCGGAAGCCUACCGGCCUUACAGAGACUCAAUGUUUCUAACAACAAGUUACAAAACCUUCCUUUGUCAUUAGGAAGAUCGCAAACUCUACAACUUCUGCUUGCUGUGAGCAAUAAAUGUUGCAUGCCACCACAGCAAGUGUGCAAUCAGGGUUCAGAUGCAACUCUGGACUAUCUGAGAACUCAGGUGCCGAACGGAGUGCCUUCUUCUGAACCCACGACUCCAAGAUUUAACAUCUUUAAAAGGAAGAGGGGACAUGUGUUGCACGCGUCGGUUCAGAAUCCACAUUCUGCUCGGAGCUUGUACGUGGAGGAGCAGACGCACACGACGAACACCACCAGCAGGAACCGUACCCCUCUCAGACCCCCUCCCCACGGCACCAAGCUUCACGCUGACACACUCAUGGACAGGGUGCUGGGACUUCUGUAUGGUGCUGCCAUAGGAGACGCCAUAGGUAUCGCUACAGAGCUGAUGACGCCUGAUGAGUGCAGAUUCCAUUACAAUGCUGAAACCCUGUCCUACUCAGACAUCAUCAGGGACAAGCACAGGGUGAGAUGGAGACCUGGAGACUGGACAACUGACUUUGACCAGACUAUCCUGCUGCUGGAGUCCCUGCUGAAGUGGGGAGGGGUGGUGGAUGAGUUAGACUUUGCCCAGCAGCUGGAGACAUACUGCAGGGAGGGGUUUCCUGGGCUGGGCGACACGGAGGAACCACUGGUGGGGAACACCAUCCAGAGGGUCCUGUCUGACCCCAGGUACCUGCAGGACCCACAUGGAGCCGCUAGGAGGCUCUGUCACAAAGUGGAGGACCAGGAUGAUGUGUUGUUUGAGUACUGUGACAACAGCUGCCUGACCAGGACAGUAGUACUGGGGGUGCCACAGUUCCACGACUUGAAGGAGGUGUCAGCCAAUGCCAUCAGAAUAUGUAGAGCGACCCACCAUGACCCCCGUUGCUUAGCAACUGCUGUUGUUGUCACAGCAACCAUUGCACUCAUGCUGCAGGGAAAUCAUGACAUCACCAAGGAUGAAUCCAUGGAGGAGCUGCUUCAGGUUGCCAUGGAGACAGGACGUAAACAUCUGUCCAGACCCGCCCACCUGAAGGCCUUUGAACACUACUGUGGGCUUAGGGACUAUCAGAGUAUUGAGGUGUGGGCCCCUCACCAGAACCAGAUGACAUUCUGUUUUAAGACUCUGGCAGCUGGGCUGGUGGCCCUCAGGAGCAAACAGGACUUCAGGUCUGCAAUUACGGAGCUUGUGAUGCUGGGAGGAGACAGUAACACCCAUGCCUCAGUGACAGGUGCACUGCUGGGGGCCUAUUGGGGUUACAGAGCCCUGCCCUCUGAUUGGCUGAAUGACCUUCCUGAGCCCCAGGCAUCCUUACUCAACAUGAAAGCCAACCUCCUAUUGGAUAUGAUGGGAAUCCCUUGAGGAAGUACUGGGUAUUUUAAUCUCGCAAAGAAGACAAGAAUUUGUAUUUCCUUUGAGCAAUUUUUUAGUAAAUUCUAUGGCUGGGUGGUGCCUUGAGGAAUUGUGGGUCAUGUUAGGUGUGUGCCAAAGAACCAUGGGAUAUUAUGGGUCAUUUGUGAUUAUUUUUAGAACCAGUCUGUCUAGCAUCUUCCAGGCUUCAGAAGCAAUUGGAAAGAGUAGAAAUGCCAGGGCAAGCAUCAAACUGUACUCCUUUAGCAUACCAACUCUGGUAUGUUGUCUGUCUAUUUGGACAAUUUCUACUCUUUCAAGCCACCUCAGUACUCUGGUAGGGACUAAGGUCUGUCACUAUUUUGAAUGCAAAGGGUUGGGUGGAUGGGUGAUUGCCAAACUGUGCCAUGUUGUUUUUCCUGCAAUCAGCAUAUGUUAGUGCAGACAAUGUCAGCUUCUUCUCAGCCAGUUGUUAAAUAUUCGAAGUUUAAGAUGCUGUCAAAUGUUUUGACAGGCGUUACAUUGCUUGGAUGUUAUGAAUUUGUGUAGGAGUAUCUUUAGGUUGCUAUAUUAAUAAGAGGUGCAAGAAUUUGAUCCCAUCAGUAUUAUAGGUAUUUAGAUAUUGUGAAAACAAAUUAUAUCCAUGAUAUUUUUAUAAUUAUGGCAUAAUUGGGUCAUACAUAGCAAACCUAGUGUUCUUAUU